CUCAUGCACAAGAACACCAAGAGUUCCAGAAGAAGGGCUGACUUGACUAAUUGAUUUAACUUAUAAUAAUAUGCACAGUUAGAAAAUAUAUAUAACUUUGAAUUAGAUUUAUAUGCUGGAGCGUAUUUGUAUUGCGAGAGCGGGACUUCCAGUGGCUGGUUUCUGCGUUGCGUUAGAAGGGGAGAGGAAGAGACAAUGGAGCUGAUAGAGUGGUUUUAAACAAGUUGAUUGAUAUCAUUGGUGAUUUGGAGACAGAAAUAAUUAGGAGAGCUGAAGGAUCAGGUAAAACAGCAGGCGGGAGAUGUGAAGUAAAAUCAGCAGGGGAGGAGCGUUCGCUGUCAAACCUGGUUCGCAGAGGAAAGACAGGUUGUGCUGAGAUGGACUGGCAGUACACAGUAAAUAAUGAAAUCCAAUUGCUUUUUUGAAGACCUCAGCAUUCUUGCAGUGGGAAGGCUUGUGGCAGAGAUGCUGAGCGCACACAUUUUGUUCUUCGUAUGUUCCUGUCAGAGCUGGGCUUGUCACAGUGGCGUUCACAGGAAUUCUGGUUCAUUAUGUUGCUCCUUGCUUUGAUCUGGUUUGUGAGGCUUUACCUGCAUUACUGCAGCCAAUGGCUCUUCCUCCAGGCCAUCUCAGUUCCUGUCAACAAGUUUUACUUCUACCUUCACACUGUGGAACUGAGUUACCAGAAUUCCCUGCUUCAUACCCGGGAGGAGUUGGCCAUGGUAGUGGUGGGACCCUUGACCUUGAAUGUAGUUGUGCUACUUAUGGUUCUGAUCAGAUGGGGCUGUCAGCUAAUAUUUGGCUCAUUCCCGUCCUUCUUGUCAAAGUUUAUCAUGGCUAUAGGACUGUGGACACUGCUGGACCCUCUGGCAGUGUUUGUAGUGGAUGCAUUCCUGGGGCACCUUGCUUGGAGUGCCGAGAAUCCCAUAGCAGAUGCUGCAAAGCUCUACUGGCUCUUUUAUAGAACACAGCACUCUGGAACUUCGGGUGUCAUUAUUACCGUCUUCCUCUACAUCGUUAUACUCAUCUGCUCCUUGACAAUACUCUACAUGUACUUUCUCAGGCUGCAUAACGGUGGCCGGAUGUUGGAUGUUUUCCAGCGUGUACAAAGUGAGGAAGCUAGAUUUUUUGUUCCACUGGAUCUGGAGGUGUCAAACCAGGAGCUGAAUUACAUUGUGAAAAAGGCUGAGCAAUGGAGAGGCAUUAAUGGGGAAAGGAGGAAGGUGGCAGUGUAUGAUUACAUCUGGACAGAUGAUCCCAGUGUUGGAGAUCCCAGCUGUGGCCCUCAGCAUCGCUGUGAAACCUCAGGAUUUGCAGAUGGUCAUAAAGAAAUCACAACUCAUGUGUCUAUCUACACUGUCCACCUCUGUGGGCUCAGAACUCUCUACCGCCACUUCCUCCGUCUGCCUGAUGGGGCUAUUGUUGAGGUAACUGGUGACAUCAGUGGACUAAAUGUUUUACAGAGCGAAGUCAAUGCAGUUAUGCAUAAAAACGUCAAUGAAGCAGACAGUGAGCCAGGACCAUCCUCUAAAUGUGAACUAAGGGAAAGGAAAAAGAAAGCAGUGUGGCGCUCUCCUAGAGUUGAGCCAGCAGGAAGAAGUUAUUUGGAUUCCAUGGCAGUUCCAGCAGGUUCCAAACGCUGACAUCUACAGAGAAGGUUCUGAUAUCCUGGGUAAAAAAAAAAAAUACAUUCUGUACUUGGACAUCGAUUAUGAGUGACUAUACUAUUCAAAACAUACUUAAUUGACUAUCAGUAAUAUCUGGUCCUGACAGUACUGUGUCCGAGUUUGGUGGAUUCUGAAUUUGGUUCCACAACAUUACUGGAAACAAGCCUACUUUGUGAUCCUGCCUUAUAUACAUGUUGUGAAGAAUGAUCAUUUUAAAAGAUGACUUUUAACUUUUCAUAACUGAUCACCACUAGUGUAAGUACAAUGUAAAAGGGCACUAGCUGUUUUGGGGCUGUAGUGGCAGGUGGCAAAAGUGUUGUUUUUUUGUCUGCUGUUUUGUUUUGUUUGUUUUUGUUUUGUAUCAUUUCAAUUCUCAUUCAAACAAUAACAACGUAUUUGCAAUUGUUCUCUGUGAGUCAUAGCACAUCACUGGUCUUUGUUGUUUUCAACUGUGUCCAUCACACACCUGUGUCUACUGCCUCCGAUUAAGGAUUGCUAUGGAUUCAUCUUCCCUGCUAGGGUGUUUCUGUGUUUUUUUAUUACUUAGUUGUGUAUUUAAAUGUGUAUAAUUCUUCAUUUUCUUUUAUUUGUCUGUUGUGUUUUUUCAUCUGCCAUUAAUCUGAUGUUCGAUCAUAUUCCCUUUUGUAAAUGUCACUUUAUUUGUAUUAUUUUCUUUUUGUGUUUUUGUGUUUGCCCAGGGACUGCCAAUGAAAAUUAGCUCAUAGGAUGUUAGAUGUCAACGCUGUUACAGUUAGAACACUGCUUUCAGUUCGUUGCAAUUGACCCAAAAUGAUUAAAUGAAAAACGUAAUUUAAAACGCCCUGGGGAAGAAAAUAUGGCAGGAAAGUAAAGCUAGGAAACUUGAAACAAAGUUUAUGUUUUUACUUGCUUGCUUGCUUGCUGUGUGCUCUGUGUGUUGGCGGUGCGCUGUUAAGAGUGUGGGUGUGCGCGUAAUGCAUGCCUUUUCAGAUUAGCGAGGGUGCACCGAAUGUUAGUCUAUUGAGAAAUGGUAAACCUGAUACUGUGAUUCCCUAAAAAAAUGCAUCUAUCACAACGAAAUAAGAAUGUGCUGUAUAUGUGUCAACAGUAUUAUUUGUAUUUGAUGGUUUAAAAUCUGUUUUGUAAAUAGUUUUAGUUCAUAUGUAAUGAUAUAUAUCCGAG